CAACAACAGCAGCCUCCUUCAGGACGCAAUUUCUAAAGCCUUCAGGGAGUGGCUGAGUGCCCGCUUUAACUUCUGCCAUUUUCAGCGCCUCUUCCUACCACCAAUUUCGCUGCUUAUAAGUGUGCUGGCUACCCUCAUUAAGUUGAUCUUGCUGCCACUAGCAGGCUUGUAAGUGUGCUGGCUACCCCACUAAGGUGGUCUUGUGGCCACUACCAGGCUUGUGAUUGUGCUGGCUACCCCAUUUGGUUGGGCCGCCAUUACUUGCCUCCUGCGACCACCUCUCUGUUGCAAACACAUUGAGAUUGCCAUUUCUGUGAUAUCUCUGAUUUUUUGCAAUGGCAGAUAAAACCACAGCAGCUCAGAGCUCUCAAGGUGUCUCCAGCAGUCCCUCCAUACUGAGGAACUCCAGAUCAGCCAAGCAGGAGGCUGCUGGGAAACUCAGAGCCAGAGCUAUUGCUGGCAGAAUGUCUCCCAAAGCUGCUGGGAAAGAAGCAAGCGGGAGGCAACAGGCAUUGGGAAAACAAUUCUCCAAUGCUGCAGGGCAACAGAAGGAGGCAAAGGUUGGUCAGAUAUCUUCUGUUCCCAUGGAAGCGUCCUGUUUUGACCCUCAACAAGCUCCUUCGGCCUCUGCUACUCCAAGUGCCUGGUCUCCAGAAGGGGAAACAGGUCAGUCCAUUUCUCCCAUGGCAGAACAGAUGGAGAUGGUUCCUCCUUCCAGUAAGGGGCUUGGCCUUCAGAUCCCUGCUCCUCCGGGUACAGCUGGAUCUCUGGGCCCAGAGGCCACAUUCACUCCUACAGCAACAGGACUUCGUCUUCCAGAGACUCGGGAGACAGGACUAUCAGAACAAAUGCAGCUUCUGAUUUCUCAGGCUGUUGCCCAAGCUGUAGCUUCGACCCUACACCAUAGAGCUCGAACUGAGUCGAUAGCAUCAGAGGUCCCAUCUCACAGCAAUGCAUCGUACGUCUCCCAGGCGGAAGCAGCCGCAUACCAGGGGCCAGUUUCCCCAUUCAAUUCCUCCAGGAGUAGAAGGUCGUUCACAGGGGAUGACGAACAGAGAGAGCUGGGGCUGUCAGAAGAUGAGGACUUACCUCCUGAUCCCCCAACUUUCACAGGCCUGUUUAAUCCGGCCCUCUUUAAAUCCUUGCUUCACAAGGCCAGGAGCACUGCUCAACUUGGUCCUGAAGGUAUCCCUGAGGCUGAACCUUCCACCAGUCAGGGACCUACCAGUAAGAUCUGUUCAGAGCCAACGUUUACCCAACAGUACAUUCCCUGUCCUCCCCUUUUCCUCAAUGAAGUCCAAAGACAAUGGGGAACGCCAGCUCAUUUUCCACCUCCGGGGGGGACUGAUAAACAGUUAUUUAAUGUGGCUCCAGCACUGUCAGAGGUGCUAGAAGUCCCCACGGUAGAUGAGCCCUUAGCAACAACAUUUGUUCCCAACUUCAUUGUGACUGGGGAUAUAGCGGAGGUUCUGACGCCAGAGGAUAAGAAAGCGGAGCAUAAUUUCCGCAAGAGCCACCAAGCCUCAGCAUGGGCGGUAAAAGCAGCUAUAUCAACUUCCUUUUUCGCCAGAAUUUCAGUCCUCUGGCUUCGCCAAUUACAGGCUAAGAUAUCACCAGAAGAGGUACGGAUGCACCAAGAUUUAAACAAAUUAGUGGCUGCAUCAGAAUACAUGGCUGACUCAUCCUUGCAGGUGGCCAGAUUUUCCUCCCAGGCAUUAACAUCUAAUGUUAUCUCUCGCAGACUUCUGUGGCUCAGACAGUGGCGAGCGGAUUUUAAGUCCAAGUGGCGGUUGGCCUCAACCCCUUACAGGGGAGGCCAGUUAUUUGGAGAGGCACUAAACCCUUAUCUGACUGGGAAGGGUAAGUGUAAGGUCAUGCCCAAACUUCCUAGGAGAGCAGACAGGAAAGCUACCCCUUAUGCCCCCAAGCAGUUCUAUCGCCCAACCAACACAGGGUCGGAAUUCACCCAUUACUCCCCUCCUCAUUCUCCCACCUCAACCGACACAGGGUCAGAAUUCAGCCAUUACUCCGGUUCUCAUCCUUCCAGACCAGAACCUCAAUUCGACAGAUCUGGUAACGGGGGCAGAGACAGACAGCAAUUUCAGGCCAAACGGCCCUUUCGAGGCGCUAAAGGUCGUCCUUUCAGAAGGUUCUAGUGACACCAGAGGUGCCUCUCCCAUAGGGGG